AUGUUCAGGCAAGCAUCGAGGCCGCUCGCUCACAGGGCCGUCGCUGCCCGCUCAUCCACACAGCUCAGCCAGGUCCGACAUGCCUCCAACUUUCGGCGCUCAAAGCCGGGACGCUUCGUCGCCGGCACCUUUGCCGUCGGCACCGGCGCCCUCCUGCUCGCGUACUACUACGACUCGGAGAGCAUCGCCCACGAGCACCUCAUUAUGCCUGCCCUCCGCAAGCUCUUGACCCCCGAGGAGGGACACAAGUUUGCCGUCAAGCUGCUCUCGCUCCCGUCGUGGGCUCGUCCCGGGGACAUGGGCGUCGACGGGCCGGAGCUGCACACCGAGAUCUUUGGCCUGCCGGUCCAGAACCCCGUCGGUAUUGCUGCCGGCUUUGACAAGGACGCGCAGUGCAUCGACGGCCUCUUCGACAUUGGAUUCGGCUACGUCGAGGUCGGCUCCGUGACGCCGCUCCCGCAGCCGGGCAACCCCAAGCCCCGCUUCUUCCGCCUCGAGGAGGAUGAUGCCGCGAUCAACCGCUACGGCUUCAACUCGCUCGGACACGGCGCCGCCCUCACGCACCUGCGCUCGCGUGUCCACCGCUUCGCCAAGGAGCACCCCGACCUGUUCCCAAACCCUGACGCCGCCAACCUCGUCCCGCCGAGGGGCGUUCCCCGCUCACUGAAGAAGGACCACGUCCUCGGCGUCAACCUCGGCAAGAACAAGACAUCGGCUGCCGACUCGGACGACGACUACAUCAAGGGCGUCCAGCUGCUCGGUCCUUAUGCUGACGUGCUCGUUGUCAACGUCUCGUCGCCGAACACGCCGGGCCUCCGCGCCCUCCAGAGCCGUGACUCGCUCACCCGCCUCCUCUCCGCCGUCGUCAAGGAGCGCAACGCCAUUGCGGUCGACGGCCUCCCGAAGGUCGCCGUCAAGGUCACCUGCGACCUGUCCGAGGACGAGCUCGCCGACGUCGCUGCGUCGGUUCGCAAGGCGGGCGUCGACGGUGUCAUCAUCUCGAACACGACGAUCCGCCGCGACCUGGGCCUGAAGAGCGAGAACGCGAACGAGACUGGUGGUCUCUCCGGCAAGCCCCUCUUCCCGUAUGCGCUCAACGGUGUGCGCCAGCUCCGCCCCCUCCUCCCGCCCAACAUUCCCAUCAUCGGCUGCGGCGGCAUCUUCACCGGCCAGGACGCGCUCGACUUUGCGCACGCCGGUGCCUCGAUGGUCCAGCUGUACACCUCCUUCGGCUACCGCGGUGUCGGCACUCCUCGUCUGAUCAAGAACGAGAUCUCGUCGCUGCUCGAGUCGCCGAACGGCCUCGCCAUCACGUCGUCGUGGAAGGACCAGGUCGGACUGGGUUACGCCGCGCGCAACCUGCCGUGGGACGAGUCGCGUGUGGCCGCCGAGGCGGCGCAGAUCCGCAACGAGGCGCAGUCUCUCGGCCGCUCGCUCCAGGACGUCCAGCGCCAGCAGAGCCAGAAGGAGCGCGAGCUCGACGCUCGCCGCCGCGUCCUCGACUCGGCCACCGACAUCAAGGGCAAGGCGGAGCAGUACGGCCAGCAGGCUCACGAUGCCGUCCGCGCCGGUGCCGAGAAGGCGCAGGAGCACGCCCGCCAGCUUGGCCGCCAGGCCGAGUCGUACGGCGAGCACGCCCAGGACAAGCUGCACUCGACGCUCAACGAGGCGGAGCGCAGGGCGCGCUCGUGGGCUGACCAGGCCAAGGACACGGCGCACGACGCCAAGCAGACCGUUCGCUCCUGGGGCCAGCAGGCGCAGGAGGGUGCCGAGGACGCGGCCCAGAAGGCGACGAGCUGGGGCCGCCGGGCCGAGGCUGGAGCCGAGAACGCGGCCGACAAUGCGGCUCAGCAGGCCAAGAGCUGGGGCCGUCAGGCCGACGCUUCCCUGCGCGACGGAGCCGACGAGGCGGAGCGCAAGGCGCGCAGCUGGGGCCGCCAGGCCGACGCCACGAUCCGCGACGGACUUGACGAGGCGCAGCGCACGGCGCAGAGGUGGGGCCAGCAGGCCCAGGACUCGGUCGAGGACACGAAGCAGCAGGCCAAGUCGUGGGGACGCCAGGUCGACGCCAACCUCCGCGACAUCGGCCAGGAGGCGCAGGACGGCCUCCGCUCCGCUGGGGACCAGGCCUCGCGCGCCGGCUCCCAGGCCCAGGACAAGCUCCACAGCACGCUCAACGAGGCGGAGCGCGGUCUUCGUUCCUGGGGUCGCCAGGCCGAUGCCACCCUCCGUGACGGCGCCGACGACGCCCAGCGCACGGCCCAGAAGUGGGGCCAGCAGGCGCAGGACAGCGUCGAGGACACGAAGCAGCAGGCGCGCUCCUGGGGCCGCCAGGUCGAUGCCAACCUGCGCGAGAUCGGACAGGAGGCGCAGGACGGCCUCACUGAUGCGCAGCGCAAGGCCGAGCGCUACGGCUCCAAGGCGCAGGACGCUCUGCACUCGACCCUGAACGACGCCGAGGCGAAGGGCAAGCAGGCCUCUGCCUCGCUCCGCGACAGCAUCGACGAGACGCAGCGCCAGGCGUCGCAGUGGAGCAAGGACGCCUCGGCCCAGGCGUCCCAGUGGGGCCAGCAGAUCCAGGACAGCGUGUCCAAGGCCGAGGCCGAGGUCGAGGACUGGGCAGCCCAGUUUUCGCGCGAGGCGGCCAAGAAGGCGACCGAGGCGCAGAACGCCCUCCACGCUAGGCUGAACGAGGUCGAGCGCGCCGGUCGUGACGCCGCCUCGCAGGUUCAGGACAGCGUGCACGGCACGCUCCGCGACGCCGAGAAGCAGGCCGACGCGUGGCGCCGUACCGGCCGCCGCAUGAGCAACGAGGCCGAGGCGCAGGCGCAGCACUGGGGCCGCGAGGCCAAGGACUCGGCGCAGGAGAGCCUGCAGAACGCGCAGUCGCGUGCCGAGGCUUUCGCCAAGGCUGCCUCUUCGCGCAUUGGCGACAGCGUGAACCAGGUCGAGAAGAGCGCCGAGCACGCCAAGUCGCGCGCGGAGCAGUUUGCGCAGGCCGCCAGCUCGCGUCUCGGCGACAGCGUCGACAAGGCGCAGGACGCGGCGUCGAACGCGGCCGAGCAGGCCAAGUCUGCGGCCCAGUCUGCCGCCGACCAGGCCCAGGCGGCGUGGCAGUCGGGCGUGCAGCAGGCGCAGGACGCGGCCCAGACCGCCUCGGACUGGGCGUCGCAGUUCGGCCAGCAGGCCAAGGAGGGUGCUCAGCAGGCGUCGCAGACUGUGCAGUCUUACGCCAGCCAGGCGGCCAAGGACGCCCAGUCGGCUGCUGAGCAGGCGCAGAAGGCGGCCCAGGAGCAGUGGCAGCAGGCCCAGGCCAAGGCGUCCGAGCUCGCCGCCAAGGGCCAGGACGCCGUUCAGAACGCGGCCGACCAGCUCCAGGCUGCUUCCAAGGCGGCCAACGACCAGAUCCGCGACACCGUCACCGACCUCGAGGCGGAUGCCCAGCGCGUGAAGCGGUACACGUGGCUUGACGCUGCUGCCCGUCCCGCUACCGGUGGUCUUGGCACCGCUGUCGCCGGCCAGGCCGCGCGCAACGCCACCGCCGCUGCGACUGGAAAGGACCAGUGGGAGAAGGACGUCAAGGAGGGCGACAAGCGAAUGGUCUAA